UCUCACGUGAUCAAUCAGCCCCACCUUCUUUUUAGAUGGCUGCUCGGCCCAAGUCACUCAGAAAAGCUGUGGACGAUGUUCUUACUUGUGGGAUAUGCCUAGAGAUUGUGGACUUACCCAAAGUUCUCCCCUGCCUUCAUACAUUUUGCAGAAAAUGCUUAAAAGAGCUUAUCAAUACUUCUGGAGGAGAGACCAUUCGCUGUCCCAUUUGUAAUGCCACCCACGCCGUUCCCAGGAGAGGAGUGGACGGUUUCCGUUCCAACUUUACACUUCAGAACCUUGUUGAGGCUCGACAAGUCAGUGACGCCGAGAAGGACUCCUUCCCUGGUAUCACAUGUGAGAGUGGGCUAGACGAGAACAAGGGUGUGUCCCGAUGCAUAGAUUGUGCCAAUUUCCUUUGUGCUCAUUGCGAGGACCUUCACAAGAAACUCAAAGCCACACGCGGCCAUCGUAUUAUCCCCCUGACCGAGAUAAAGAACGACGUACGUAAGUUAGAAUACAAGCGUUAUUGUAUUGAGCACGAAGAGGAGGAGCUCAAGUUGUUUUGUCAGGAUUGUAAGGAGGUGAUCUGUCGGGAUUGCACUAUCGUCGGUCAUAAGGGACACGAUUACGAUUUCAUUAAAACCGUCUUUCCCCAGCUCCAGGGAGACAUACGUGGACUCCUUGAGGGAGAUCUUGAAAAUAAGUGCAGCGAGUUUGAGGCCCACCUCGGAUACAUUAGAGAAGUGAAGGAGAAAAACUAUGAAAAUAUUGCAAAGUGCAAGGAUGAUGUGAAAGCAUAUUACGAUACUUAUAGAAGGAGAUUAUUUGAGCAAGAGGCAAUUUUAAUGGAAUCGCUUGAUGCUACGCUUGGGGAUCGUUCGAAGCAGCUCGACAUUGUCCAAGAAACUGUGGAGACGUCUAAAGCGAAACUAGACAGUGCCCGGGACUUUGCUAAGCAAUUGCUGGAGAGUGGGACACAGGUCGACUUGGCUAUGAUGUAUAGGCAGACUCGAUCACGACUGGAAAACCUCAAGGAAGAGACUUGGGACCGUAACACAACCCAACCUUGCCGACUAGUCUUUGUCAAAGAUGAAAAGGAUGACAAUCCUUUUAAAGCUAAAGUCCGAGGGGGCAUAAAUCGCGGGGAUUUGAUAGUCGAGAGUCUGGGACAGCCUGUGCUGGGCAUGAAUAAGUUUAACGUUAAGCUGGAGUCCGAAGUCAAUGCAUAUAGCCUCAUAGUGACAAUAAUGAACGAGAAUGGAGACCAUUUAAAGGAUAUCAACAUCAAGCCAAAGGGAGGGAACAAGUGGGAGGUGACAUACAAGAUAUCGGGCGAUGGAGUGUACAUCGUAUCUGUACUUCUUGAUGGAGUGGAGGCUAAGGAGAGUCCUUUUAUACGGGAGUGGCAGGCAAAGCUCCUUCAAGGGAAGAAAGUCAUGCGCGGUAAUGACUGGAAGUGGGGAGAUCAAGAUGGUGGACCGGGAGGUAUAGGAACCGUUGUGGGCUGGUCUGAAGAAGUCGGAGCAUCUGAUAACUGGGCAAAGAUCAAGUGGGAGAUUACCAAUCGUCAGAAUAAUUAUCGCUGGGGAGCAGAAGGGGCUUAUGACUUAAUGGUAGUGCCACAACAAUAAGGCUAUGUUAUUAUUAUUACUAACUUUCUUAUUUUGUUAUUGUUGUAUUUGAUUUUUUCAUGUGUUGUAAAGGUGUA